CGUUCGGAAGCGCUCGGGUAUUUCCGUGACCCCUCACAGGCCGGCGCGGUCGUUGGCGGGCGCACGGCGCCGGUUAGCGGAGGGCAGCGCGGCCUCGCUGGCAGAGCCGCUCCCUCGGUGGGGAGGAAUCGCGAUCCUGCCAGAAGGCCGUUGCUUAAAGGGGACUUCAGGGAGUGAGUGCAGGAUGACUCAGCAGGGAGCUGUUCUUCAGGGUUACAAUAAUGAACUAGUGAAAUGCAUUGAAGAUUUAUGUAUGCAAAAAGAAGAACUGAACAAACAAAUCCAGCAAGCAGAAGAGGAAAAGAAUAAACUCCAGCAUGAAAUCCAAGUCCUCAGUGAACAGCUGGAGUUUGUAUGUGAAAACCUGGCCCAAAAAGUGGCUUCACGGAAUGAACUUGAUAAAAUUCUUGCUGAAACAGAAGCUGCUUACAUGAAGAUUUUGGAUAGCUCUAGAACUUUACUUAAUGUCCUGAAGAAGGAAGUGGGAAGUUUAAAGCAUUCACCAGAUCUGAAAACCAAUGUAACGUGAAACAGUCAAAUGUUUGGACUCUGCAGUGCUAAAAUUCCACUAGGUGAGAAAUGUGGUCAGCCACAGAACCUUACAGCCACAGUAUAAGCAGAGAAGGAUUUUCUUCCAGUCUUUCUGUAUGUUUUAUUCUUUUCAAAUGCACUAGAAAAUAGAUUAAAUAAAGUUGCCGUUUUGCUUUAAAAAAAUCUUCUUAAUUGAACACUACAAAAAAUAGCAGAUAGGUAGUUGAGGUAGAUGGGAGACUCAGUUUUGACAUCAUUGUGCUUCAAGGCUUAGAAAGAAGGCAUGUUUUAUGAUGGCUUCAGGUGGCUCGCAGUAAAUGAUUCUUUGAAAACUAGUGGCUGCAAGUCAAUUAGAUGCUACUUCUUUUCACUUAACAAAUGCUUAGGCUUUACUGUUGGGACCAAGUAGAAAUGAGCUAUUUAGCUUCCUCUAGAAGCUUGGAGUUCUGUCUGAUGCAUGCACAGAGACAGCCCCAUUUACAGUAAUUGCCCACUUAAAUAAUAGAGGUAAGAAAUCAGGAGUAAUGCAGGGCAUGGAGGCUUAAAAUUUUGCACUGUAUGUGGUUCAUGUAUCUUCUGAGGCUAUUCUUCAAAGCCUUGUUUAGAAAGAAGGUGUGCUGCAGUGAAAGUCAGGUUCGGUGCAAGAGCAGACAGCAUCACCAUGAAGGCUUGGACCAGUAAUUCACUUGGGGGUAAAAAAAGGUGUCAAUAGCAACUAGAAGUCCUGAAAAACCACUGAGGUCCAGUUAAAAAUACAGAGGUAAAUACAAGAUCAAAGAAGAUCAUCCUGGCUAAAAGCCAGUAAUAGAAUGUCUGGAAGCCUUUUUAGUGCCUUUUAGCUCCAUACUGAUCUUUUAAAUAACUGUAAUAAGAUUGUGGAGAAUAAUGAACAUCCUGAAAUGUUGUGAAAGAAAUACAAAUGGAAGGUGAAAGAAGAAAAUGAGAAGUGGUUUACAGCUGUCAGCUAUUCUUAUAGAGGACAUUAAAAUAGAACUUAGUUUAGAGAUCAGGGAUGAUAUAACAAUAUGGCAUAAAUUUCAAUUGAAUGCUCUUUUUUGUUUCUGCUGAACCUCUCUGUUCUGCAGAAAUCUCUCUCAGCAGUAUGUGCAUGUACACGUGCAUUUUGUCCCCCUUAUUUGUGUGUUACAACAGUAACUUUUUAAACUGUCUUGUCAAAUCUUCAUUCAAUACCAAUUAAUUAAAAUGGAAGAAGUGCAUUUGAAA